AUGCCCCUAGAAGGGAGGCUAGCUUAUCGUCUUGUUGUUGAACCGCAUGUUGUUGAGUUAGGCCGAGGCACAAAGAUAUUGGCUAUGCAUUUGAUUAAAGAAAAACGUCACCGAGUUGCUUCUAUUUGGGUGAUGGGCGGCUUGGGGCAAGAUGUGUUAACCCUUAGAGCAUUUCCAGCAAGGGGCCCAAGGGGAGGGCAGGAGGGGGUUUGGGGUAAAAACUCGUUUCCAACAGUGGAGGCAAGCCCGGGCACGAUGGUGGGACCUAGCAAAACUGGCUGGCCCGAGCUCCAACCAGGGCUGGCCCGUGCUGACGUCGUUGUGACGCCAAUGCUACAGUGUCCGCCAACAAUUAUGUGCCAUGUGUCGUGUCCUGCGCUCUCCGAUCAUAAUUUUUGGACCAAUCCAACGACAGCCAAUAUUUCUGUAAUAAGGAAGUAA